AUGGUCAGCACAAUCGCCCUUGUCGGAGCUGCUACAGGGCUGUAUGUUGCCUAUCUUGUCGUCUCGCGAUUGAUUCUCAGUCCGCUGGCCAAAUUCCCUGGCCCUAAGCUGGCCGCGCUGAGCAAUUGGUACGAAUUUUACUACGAUGUCAUUCUGCAGGGCCGCUUUACGGCCCAUCUUCAGCGCCUGCAUAAACGCUACGGCCCAAUCAUCCGAAUUACGCCCACUGAAUUGCAUGUCGACGACCCGGACUUUUUCGAGGCGUUGUACGCGCGUGACGGCCGUCGCAACAAAUAUGCUUAUUUCUCCGGCCGAUUUGGCUAUGCAAGUGAUAGCUUUUCCACCAUCGAGCAUGAACUGCAUCAAUUGCGCCGCAAGCCGCUGAGUCCGUUUUUCUCUGCCAAACGUAUCGUCGACUUCCAACCAGUCAUCCGAGCCAAGGUGGACAAACUAUCCCAAACGCUGGCCGACUAUGCUUCCGAUGGACGUGUGCUCCCGCUUAGCCGUGCCUUUAUGGCCCUGACCACCGAUGUCAUCACCGAGUAUGCAUUCGCCAAAUCCUACGACCAAUUGGACUCGCCCGACUUUCAAGAUACUCUGCACGAGGCCCUAGUUGCCAUCUACACCACUGGGCACUUUGCCUUGCAUUUCCCCAUCGUCUUUCCUAUUCUCGACUCCCUGCCAGAUUGGCUGGUCAUUAAGAUGGAGCCGCGACUACUUCCAGUUGUCGGCCUGCGCAAGGACCUUGGUCGUCGAGUUGGGGAAAUCCGAAGUGGGCUAAAUAAUCGAUAUGCAAAGGUCGAUCAUCCGACCAUUUUCCACGAGCUACUCAACAGUGACCUACCAGAAGAGGAAAAGUCCGAUGCACGGUUGGGAGAUGAAGCCCAGCUUAUCAUAGCAGCCGGGCUGAUUACCACCUCAUGGGCGCUGAGUGUGGCCGGUUUCCAUGUAAUCAACAACUCCGCCAUUGCCUCUAAGCUGCGACAAGAGCUACAGAAUGCAGGUGCUGAUAUUCUCAAUGCCGACUGGCACGCACUCGAAAAGAUCCCAUAUCUGCAUGGCUGUGUCCGGGAAGGAAUUCGCCUAGCCCACGGUGUCGUCACUCGAAACCCACGCCUUUUGCCUGACACGGAGCUGACGUAUGGCGAGUGGGUGAUUCCGCGGAAUACACCCGUUUCCUCGACCAGUGUGGACAUUCUGAUGAAUGAGGAUAUCUUCCCUAGCCCGCGGGAAUUCAAGCCAGAACGGUGGAUAAAUAACACUAACCUGGACCGGUACUUUGUUCCUUUUGGAAAAGGAUCGCGAAUGUGUAUGGGUUUGAACCUUGCUCAAGCCGAGCUUUAUAUUGCCAUUGCGACCAUCUUUAGCCGGUUUGAUUUCGAGCUGUACAACACGGACAUAUCGGACGUGGAGAUGGAACAUGCUUAUUUAGUGCCAUAUGCUAAAUGGGAGUCCAAAGGUGUCCGGGCUAAAGUCAAGUCGAAUUUCUAA